AUGGAGACAAGCAAAAUCAUUUCAAUGUCAAGUGCAAUGACACUUGUUCACUUUUCAUUAUCUAUACUUUUAUUUAUUGCAUCAAUUAUGAUAUUCAAUGCUAAAAAUGUUAUUCAUUUUAAUAGUUUUACAAUGAUUAUUUUAAGUUUUUGGAUGAUUUUUACAGGUCUUCAUGGAUGGCGUCAUUUUGAUCAAUAUUAUUUUAUGUAUACUUAUGCUGGAAGAGGUGUAUUUUAUUUUUUCACAGGACUUUUAGUAUGGGGAAGUAAUGAAACUGAAUUUUACUCAACAGUUGUUUCAUUAUUAUUUUUAUUAUUUGGAUUAGCAGGUAUGGGACUUGGAUUAUUUUCAUCAUAUGAGCCACCAAGACCAUUACUUGGACCAGUAGAUUUCGUUCCAUAUAGACAAAAAGAAAUUGCAUUAGCCUCACAAGCAGAUUUCAUGGAUGAUAGUCCACCACCAUCUCAACAAAAUUCAACUUUUACAAUUUAA